GAGUCUGAGCGGAAGAGUUACCGAGGGUGGGAGAGAGACAGUUCUGCUGAGACUUGUUCCUGCUGCUCCUGGUCGCUGUCAGUAUUACAGCGGAGUUCAGAGCUACCGGGGGUCCCGUGGAUAAUUAGGCUACUCUACAGUCUGACCGAAAAAAACCGUCUAACUGACAACAGCAGCAGAAACUUCCCACCCUAAACCUCUGUCUUCCCCAGGAGCUGGACACAAGCUAAUUGAGACGAUGCUUUUCUGUCUGCUGCCUUUCGCGGCUCUCUUGCUGCGUGCGGAGGGCAGGCGCGGGGGAACCGUGGUUGGUAACAAAAACAUUGGCCACGCGUUGGACAACGACAAAUGGCUCAGCACCGUGUCUCAAUACGACAAGGACAAAUAUUGGAACAAAUUCAGAGAUGAUGACUACUUCAAAAGCUAUGGUCCUGCCAAGCCAAUCAACCAAGCUGACCCACUGCAGAGAGGAAGAACAAGAGACAAUGACAGAGGAAACGGAAAUGGAAGCAGACAGACAGAGGCGAGGCCCAGCAGACAUGGGGAACCAGGAGCCAAAGCCCACUCUAACCCAGGAAAGAGGAGAACAGAAGAGGCUCCGGACGCCACUAAAGACCCGUGUCUGAAGGUGCGGUGCCCUCCUCACAAGGUGUGUUUCAGCCACGACUACCAGACAGCCAUCUGCACCAACACCAAUCACAAGCAGCCUAGACACAGUGUGAAACCCAGAAAAGAAAGAUUGGCCCACAAACACUGGGCAGGAGCAGGGGCCCAUGGGAAGUGUGGUCCGUGCCCUGUCAUCCAUCCCAGCCCCGUGUGCGGCUCUGACGGCCACACCUACUCCUCCAAGUGUAAGCUGGAGUUCCAGGCGUGCACAUCAGGAAAGAGCAUCGGUCUGAAGUGUGAGGGACCGUGCCCAUGUCUGCCUGGUCAGGAACUGGUCAAACCACACAGAGACAAGGCAGAGAAGACCGUCUGCAGUGAUGGGGACCUGCAUAGCCUAGCAUCCAGACUGAAGGACUGGUUCGGAGUUCUCCACCUCGAUGCCAACCGAGACCUCAAAACCUCUGCCAACUCUGAUUCAGCGGCAGGACGUUUUGACACCAGUAUCCUGCCCAUCUGUAAGGACUCUCUGGGUUGGAUGUUCAACAAGCUGGACAUGAACUACGACCUUCUGCUGGACCAAUCAGAGCUCAGUGCCAUCUACCUGGAUAAGUAUGAGCUGUGUAUGAAGCCCCUGUUCAACUCCUGCGACUCUUUCAAGGACGGGAAACUGUCCAACAACGAGUGGUGCUACUGCUUCCAGAAACCUGACGGUCUGCCCUGCCAGAAUGAGAUGAACAGGAUUCAGACUCAGGGUCGACGGAAGAGUCUCAUAGGGGCCUAUAUUCCACGCUGUUCUGAGGAGGGUUACUUUAAGUCAACCCAGUGUCAUGGCAGUACUGGACAGUGUUGGUGUGUGGACAAAUACGGCAACGAGAUCGCCGGCUCCAGAAAACAGGGCAACCCCACCUGUGAGGAGGACCAAGAGACAUCGGGGGAUUUUGGCAGCGGGGGUGGUGUCCUUCUCCUUGACGACCAGGAGGAGGAGCCACCUCGGAGUGGGAGGAGCCGGCAGAAGCAGAGGCGGGGCCGGAUCCAUCCCAGAGGGGCCAUCGAGGAUGACGAGGACGAGGAAGAUGACAAAGAUGACGAGAUUGGCUACGUCUGGUAGCUCUGCCCCCACCUGCUCUCCCAUCAACCAACCAGGGACUCCCGUUAACUCUGCACAGACCUGAAGCCAUUCCAGCAUCUCCUUCGUCCCACCUCCUACCCCUCAGCAUCCGUCCAUGUCCAACUGACUUUUCCUUCCUCUUGUUCAUAACUUCAUUGAAGCUUUCUCUUCGUUAAUCCCGUCCUACUCAACCUUCAUAUAACGUGUCCACCUCCUACUCUCCUUCAGAGAAUGGAGACCUAUUCAAUUCAAACAAAGACUAUUUUAUUGUGUUUCCCUCUGCUUCAACUGUCCCCAAACCCUUCAAUAUUUGACUGACACCGAUUGCUAUAGCCUCGUUCUCUCUCUCUUGCUCUCUCAUCUCCCCUUUCUCUCUCUUUAUCUGCCUGUGUUUCUGGGAGUUUUGUGUCUGUCUUUGAGGCCAUAGACACAUUAAUGUAACUAUAUUCACAACAGGAAGGCGAGAUUCUACAGUAUGUCCCGUUCCCUGGCCCUUCUGUCAGAGGCUAUAGGCUAUAUUUGCAUGUUCCCCUACUACGCCCCUGCUGAAGACAUGUUUGGGUAGCCAGAUAUGUAACCCAGAGUAUACACAUUUAGUUUGGUUUAUUUGGUGACAAUGCCCACAUUCGCUGCUGCAGCGCUCUCUUUCUCUUAUUACCGUGCAAACCUCCUCUAAUGUAGCUUUUAGAAGUUUAAAACUACGGUGUGAGCCGCUAACUGAAUAGCAACCUCUGUCUUCAGCUUGAAAGUUCAAAACAUAUAUAUUGUUUUUCCAUUAAUUUGAUGAUUAUUUUUUUUUUUUAAUAGUUUUGUACUUUGGUUCAGGUUGGAGACGAGCACUUUGUCUGUGGAAUUUCAGAUCAGAGAAAUCCUACAAAGUACCCAGGCGCCAUUACUCUGACCUUUUUCAAACCUCCACAAACCAGCCUGCAGCUUUUGAGACGGACAAAUAUAUUUUUCUUUCAUUUUAACGAUUUGCUUUGAUUUUUUUUGUUACUAAAAGCAGCAGGAGUUUAAAAAUAAUGUUUUACCAUGAUAGUUUUGUUUGUCGUAGAGUUUGAUUUCUGUAGCCAUUGGUUUGUAUUGUUGACAUAAGAAGGGAAAUAUUCUAGCUAUAGUAUAGCUUCUAUUUUAAAUUAGUUCCUGCUUUAUUUCAGAAUAUUUCGGGUUGCAGUCAAGUGAGGUCAGUUAUCGUAAUGUAUCUACCCCACAAACCCAGAUGAGAUAGGCGUAACCCAUAAGUCGGGCUUAUGAACAGUUAUAAGCAUUACACUGGUACAGUAUAAGCACACCCACACAAUGCUUAGUGACAUUUCACUUUGAUAAUGACAGGCCUUGGAUGGUUGGACGCAUAUAUUCACAGGUCUGAGCCGGGCACUAUAUGCUUCAUUGGGCUUGUGAUGCAGCGUAAUGAUACAUUGCUUUUGUGUGCUUCGGCCAGUGGGAAGCGAUCUUGAACAGAUUUUUUUAUUCACGUGUGAGAGUCUGUUGUGAUUGACACUUUGGUCCAUAUAGCACAAACAACAGCUCUACAGAAUAGACGUCUGAGCUCUUCUACUCUUCAGCAACACUGAUGUUUUCCAAGUGUAGUUCCAGGCAGGCACACAGCUAAUUAGAAAACAGUCUAUCACAACCAAACCCUGCUUGCUCAGUCUACAAAUCUCACUUUCUCGCUCUCUUCCUCUGCUACCUCUCUCACAGCCUCUCACUCCCCCCUCCCUCUCUCUCUCUCGCACAUCUUUACUUUCUUUCUGUCACUCGCUUAUUUUCCCUCUUUCUCUCGCUCCCUCUCCCCUCUCUCUCACUAUCUCUCUCUGUGCUCUGUUUUUCACGCUGGUGGAAUGCAUGAGUGAGUUUUACAGCCGUGGCGCUCCUCUCGCUCCUCUCAUUCAUCUAAUUUCCCUUAUUUUGUUUUUUAUAGUUCGGAGUCGACACCCGUAGAGUCGGCCUUUCAUCUCAUUCUUCUCCCAGAGGAGCCUGGGAAAUCUGGGGACAGGAAGAGGAACUCAGGGGAUGAAAGUGAUGCUUUUGGGUUCGGGGCUUUUUUUUCUCCUUCCCUCAAAUCUCUCUCCCUUUCUCUAAUCCCCAUCCUCCAUUUUUGGUCUCUGUCCUUAUUGCGCUCCCUUUUCUCCCUUCUUCAGUCCACUCCUUAUCCCUUUCUCUUAUGCCCACGCUCAUAUACAGUAUAUCUGUGUAUUUACUAAAAACUGAUGGGUGAUUUCUCCCUCUGUCCAUUAAUCAAUCGGUUGGUCCUUUCAGAUCACAACAUUAACUCAUCUAGUUACAACUGAUCACUGCAUCACAGUGACCUCUGACCCUGAUAUUGAUUGGUUGUUUGUUUAUCACGUCAAUAGCAUGCAUGAUGACCCUUUUGUGUUUUGUCCCUUUGCAUCUUCAACUCUGACCUCUGUGUGUAUAUCAGCCAGAGAGACAAUAAAUCUCCCGCUAACACAUUACACAUACGCGAACACACACACACACACACACACACACACACACACACACACACACACACACACACACACACACACACACACAGACUGUAACAUACUUGUAACACAUGUGUAUUAAGUCAUCUCUUGCUGUAGCAGUGUAAGGCCUCUUCUUUUGAUUCUGCAAUCAACUUGCCCUUGACCUUUGCCCUCUCAUGAUGUCAUAACUGACCCUUGCUCUGUCCUGAUGUCACUGCUGUCCCUCGCUUGCCUGGCCUGCUUGUGUACAUAGCUGAGUAACCCUCCCUCUGUUUGGCCCUAGUCACUCAAACGUCUACAGAAGCGGAAUUACAUGCAAUCCCAAGGUCCUUUGCUGUUGCUGAAAUGUCCUCAGAUACACACACGCACAUACACUCCCCUACGUAUUUAUUUGGACAGUGAAGCUAAAAUGUUUAGUUUGGCUCAAUACUCGCUAUUUGGAUUUGACAUCAAAUGUUUUAUAUGUGGCGACAGUACAAAAUGUCAGCUUUUAUUUUAGGCCAUUUUCAUCCACCUCUAUUUUACUGUUCAGAAAUGUAAGUAUGCUAUGUAUAUAGUCCCCCCCAUUUGAAAAUGACAUAAGUAUUUGGACAAAUUCACUUGUAGUGUAUGAGAUUUAGUCAAAAGUUUUGUAUUUGGUCCCAUGUUCCUAGCACUCAAGCUUGUUCCUAGCACUCAAGCCCCAGGUUUGUUGGAUGUAUUUGGCGGUUUACUUUGGUUGUGUUUCGUGUUAUGUUGUGCUCAAUAGAAAUGAACGGUAAAUAAUGUAUUGUGUCAUUUUGGAGUCACUUUUAUUGUAAAUAAGAAUAGAAUAUGUUUCUAAACGCUACAUUAACGUGGAUGCUACCGUGAUUACGUAUAAUCAUGAAUGAAUAAUGAUGAGUGAGAAAGUUACAUAGGUGUAAAUAUCAUACCACCCCCCACCCCCCCCACCCCCCCCCAAAAAAUGUUAACGUCCCUGUUAUUAGUAAUGGAGGAUAGCAUGUGUUGGGGGUAUAAUCUUUGUGCAUCUCAAGCUUUCUCACAUCAUUAUUCCCGUUGAAUUUGUCCAAAUACUUAUGACACUUUCAAAUGGGGGGACUAUGUACAUAAAGUGCGUUCAUUUUUAGACCAGUGACACAUUUUUAAACAGUAAAACUGAUAUGUAUGAAAAUACCGUCAAAUAAAAUGUGUCAUUCUGUAAUGUCGCCGCAUAUAACACAUUUGAUUUGAAAUCCAAAAUGAUGGAAUUGUCCAAAUAAAUACGUAGGGGAGUGUACAAGCGCACACACACUCACUCACACACACACACACACACACACACACACACACAAUACAGUUUUACGACGCUAGUUCAAACACACACAUAAAUGGCCAUGUUUGCAAAAGUCUUCUUUGUUAAUUCUAUAUAUUUUUUACUUUGUAAAGAGAAAAAAUGACUAAUGUUAAAGGGUAAUAUAUUGCCGUGUGAAGGCACUGUGGCUUUGUCCAGUUGCAGACUGAGGUGUGUAAAUCGAUUGUCCUUAAUGUAGCUAGACUCCAGAAGCUCUUUCCAUAGAAGCAUAGUGCAGUGAGUUUUAGAGUGUCUUAUUUUCCCCCUUCUGAAGUUAUAAUGGAAUGUUGAUGUUAUGGGCUGAAAAUACCUUUAUUUUAUUGUAACAGUUCCACAAUGUUUGUCUGAAUAAAUUUAAGUCUGUCCUGUCCUGUA